ACUCACCACCACCCACCCACCCACCAUCAUCAUCAUCAUCAUCCAAUCCACAACACCCUUCACAUCAAACCCUUUCAACCACUCGUCGCUACACCAACCUCUCACUUCGGUGUAGCCCAUCUGGCGCCAACUCGUCAACUGGCCCUGCGUGGUUAAUCACACACACACACGACCCCCGUUCAUCGGCAUCUUUAACCGUUGCGCAAAUUGUCGUCGUCGCAUCGACCCCACCCACCCAUCUAGUUCUUUCGCUCGCUCUCUCACCACAGAGAACCUGCAACCACUCUUCAAAACACUCUAGGAUCUUGCUUUGAGCUCGAUCCACCCUUCACCUGCCAGCUUCGCCAUCUAACGGCCGCGUCAGCAAGCCCGCCUGGCAUGGAUACAGAGGCACCAUCAAACCAAUGGCGGUUCGCCCAGUGUUUUGGAGACAAAGGGGAGGUGGAAGACAUUACUGAAGCCGACAUCAUCUCCACUGUCGAGUUUGACCACACUGGUGAUUACUUGGCCACUGGAGACAAGGGCGGCCGCGUUGUCCUUUUCGAACGCAACGAGCAGAAAAAGGGAUGCGAGUACAAGUUUUACACCGAGUUCCAGUCGCACGAGCCCGAGUUUGACUACCUCAAGUCACUCGAGAUCGAGGAAAAGAUCAACCGCAUCCGAUGGUGCAAAAGGCAAAAUGCUGCUCACUUCCUGCUGAGCACUAACGACAAGACUAUCAAGCUGUGGAAGGUGUUCGACAAGCAGAUCAAGGUGGUUGCGGAGAACAACCAUUCCGAGGGUUAUGGCUCCAGCGGGCCUGUUCCGAACCAGCAGCUGCUUCGCCUCCCUCGCAUGUCCACGCACGACACUAUCACUGCCGCUGUUCCUCGCAAGGUUUACGCCAACGCACACGCCUAUCAUAUCAACUCGAUCUCUGUCAACUCGGACGGAGAGACCUACAUUUCGGCCGAUGACCUGCGCAUCAACCUCUGGAACCUCGAUAUCAGUGACCAGAGUUUCAACAUUGUUGACAUCAAGCCUGUCAACAUGGAGGAGCUAACCGAGGUCAUUACUGCUGCCGAGUUCCACCCCAUUCACUGCAACCUCUUCAUGUACUCGAGCUCGAAGGGUACCAUCAAGCUCGCCGACAUGAGAGAGUCGGCUCUCUGCGAUCAACACGCGAAGCUGUUCGAGGAAGAGGAGGACCCUUCGCAGAAGUCGUUCUUUUCUGAGAUCAUCUCCUCCAUCUCCGAUGUCAAGUUCUCCCAGGAUGGACGGUACAUUCUGUCCAGGGAUUACUUGACACUAAAGAUCUGGGACAUCGCCAUGGAGAACAAGCCAGUGAAGACGAUCAACAUCCACGACCACCUGCGCCAGAAGCUGUGCGAUCUCUACGAGAACGACUGCAUCUUCGACAAGUUUGAGUGCACAUUCAGCGGCGAUGGCCAACAUGUGAUGACUGGCUCGUACCACAACUACUUCCGCAUCUACGACGUCAAUGGUGACAACGACGUUGUCCUUCAAGCGGACAAGUCUGCUUUCAAGGCUAAGAAGAUUGGUGGCGCCCGUGGCAAGGUUCCUGGCAAGAAGGAGGGUUUGCAGACUGAGGGCAUCGACUUUGCGAAGAAGAUCCUUCAUGGCAGUUGGCAUCCUCGGGAAAACACGAUUGCUAUUGCAGCUACAAACAAUCUAUUCCUUUACUCGACCCUCUCAUAAGCAUCUCCCAUUACCGUCACGAUACCCCGGUCCACUAUCUCCCGCAUUUCUGCCAUGUUCGGGAUCGCCAAUGUCCCGCUCACCCUUCGCACAACUCCACUACCCUUUCUCGGUCGCUCCGCCCUUAUUAUUUGGUCAUUGCACCAAGCGACCAUAUUCCCCGUCUCCCCAAUCCCCCACAACAACAUCCAAACCCCCGUCGCUCCCCCCAUCCCCGACACAAGCUCCUAUGACUCCUGUUGGCUCCCUCACUCUGCAGCAUGUCGAUGAGGGCCAGAGGCAUGAUUGUGUUGGACCUGCAACAACAAGAAAACCCAUCCGCCGCCGCCGUUGGCGCAACGUCAUCAUCCCCCUAGCAGCUUGGUCUCUUUUAUUACAUUAGAUUUCACCAUUACGUCCCCGAGGAUUUCGCGACGUCCUACUGGGGCGUCGUCUAGGUAUUGAGGGUCGCGCGGACGAUGAUCCACCCUCUAACGGUGUAGAGAGAACAGAACAGACAGAAGAAGCCGUGAUGAAACAAGUGUAGUAGAA